AUGGCUAUCCAAAAGAUUCAGGCUCGCAUGGUCCUCGACUCGCGUGGUAACCCCACCGUCGAGGUCGACCUCACCACCGACAAGGGCCUCUUCCGCGCCGCUGUCCCCUCCGGAGCUUCCACCGGUAUCCACGAGGCUGUCGAGCUCCGUGACGCCGACAAGUCCGCCUGGAUGGGCAAGGGCGUCAACAAGGCCAUCGCCAACGUCAACGACAUCAUCGCUCCCGAGCUCAUCAAGUCUGGCAUCGCCGUCACCUCGCAGAAGGAGAUCGACGACUUCCUCAUCAAGCUCGACGGCACUGCCAACAAGGGCAAGCUCGGCGCCAACGCCAUCCUCGGUGUCUCGAUCGCCGUCGCCAAGGCUGGUGCCGGUGAGAAGGGUGUCCCUCUCUACAAGUACCUCGCCGAGCUCAGCGGUGUCAAGGCCCCUUACGUCCUCCCCGCCCCCGCUAUGAACGUCAUCAACGGCGGUUCGCACGCUGGUAACGCGCUCGCCUUCCAGGAGUUCAUGAUCGUCCCCACCGGCGCCAAGAGCUUCACCGAGUCGGUCCAGAUCGGCACCGAGGUCUACCACAACCUCAAGAAGGUCAUCAACACCAAGUACGGCAUUGACGCCACCAACGUCGGUGACGAGGGUGGAUUCGCUCCCAACGUGCAGUCGGCCGACGAGGCGCUCGAGAUCCUCACCGAGGCCAUCAAGAAGGCCGGUUACGAGGGUCAGGUGCACAUCUCGCUCGACGUGGCCUCGUCCGAGUUCUACAAGGACGGCAAGUACGACCUGGACUUCAAGAACCCCAACUCGGACUCGUCCAAGUGGCUCUCGGGCAAGGAGCUGGCCGACGUCUACCUCGGCUUCAUCAAGAAGUACCCGAUCACCUCGAUCGAGGACCCCUUCGACCAGGACGACUGGGAGGCUUGGUCGCACCUCCGCGCCAACGCCGGCAUCACCAUCAUCGGCGACGACUUGACCGUCACCAACCCUCUCCGCAUCAAGACCGCCAUCGAGAAGAAGGCGUGCAACGGUCUGCUGCUCAAGAUCAACCAGAUCGGCACCAUCUCCGAGUCGAUCCAGGCCGCGCAGCUGGCGCAGUCGGACAACUGGGGUGUCAUGGUCUCGCACCGCUCCGGUGAGACCGAGGACGUCACCAUCUCGGACCUUGUCGUCGGUCUCGGUGUCGGUAUCAUCAAGACCGGCGCUCCCUGCCGAUCCGAGCGCACCGCCAAGUACAACCAGCUCCUCCGCAUCGAGAGCCUCGAGCCCUCUGCGGUGUACGCCGGUAUCGAUGGCUUCACCCAGGGCGAGACCGCUCCCAAGGUCAUCACCAACAAGUCGGCCUAA